CACCAUACCUCUGGCUUUCAGUCCGCUUCCUGGGGUCGGCUACAGGAGAUCGGAUGUAGAGCUCACCAUAAAAUUGCUGUGGACGGGCUUGUUUAAUAUUUCUGUAGCAACGUUUGGCUCCCUCCUCGAGAGACCACGCCUCCUCCCCGCAGAUUCACAGGGCCCUGGUCCCUCCCCCUCACCGACCCGGCAGCCUAUAACCUACCCGGGUUUCCGCCCAUUCCUCCACAGUUGAUUCUUUAGGAUGGUUUUUGUCAUGCAAAUAAAGGACGCGUAAAAUAUUCCCCCAGAGCGCAGCGCAGGGCAGAGACUCGCGCGGAGGACACAGACCGGGCCACACGGUGGAUUUGUUUCGUUUUCGUCGCUACGGACCCGUCCAUCUGUCACAGACACCCUGGCCACGAGCAGCGACAUAUUAACCGGGACGUGUAGCCAGGAAUCAGGUCGGACCGUUCAAGGAAACCCUGCGGAGGCUGCCCUGUGGAGAUAGUGGUCAUACUUCCAGUUUCCCCAAGUGAAGUCGGAGCUGUCUCUUCUCCAUCCCCUGCUAUAGGCUACCUGCUGCUGCUACAGAGGGGAAUACGUCUAGAGACCCCUGGAUCGCUUGAGAGUACCCUUUUAUAUUUUAGGGAUUUUAGGAUCUCUCAAAUAUUUACAUUUUUGCACACCAAGUGUGUUAUUUCCUCUUUUGUCCUUUUUUGGGAUAUAUACAGUGAUAUUUUUUCUGUUCUAGUACUUUAAUGUGCCUUAAUAACUGGUUAUAAUCCAGUGUAAGUGUGGCAUUGUCACCAGACCAGAGACGCUCAACAGGGAGAAGACGAUUAUUAUCAGCUUCAGAGCCCAGGCAGGAUUACUGGUCCCCCACCCUCCAGCGAGCUGCAACCAUGAGCCAGGCGGAUGUGUCGACUUGCUCCGCGCCACAGAGGGUUUUCCAGGAGGCGGUGAAGAAGGGCAACACCAAGGAACUGCACUCUUUACUGCAGAACAUGACAAACUGCGAGUUCAACGUCAACUCCUUUGGGCCAGAAGGACAGACGGCCCUCCACCAGUCUGUCAUUGACGGCAACCUGGAGUUGGUAAAACUGCUGGUGAAGUUUGGUGCAGAUAUCCGGCUGGCCAACAGGGAAGGGUGGAGCGCUUUACACAUCGCCGCCUUCGGGGGCCACCAAGACAUUGUGCUAUACCUCAUCACCAAGGCCAAGUACUCCUCUGGCGCCCGGUGAUCUGUCUCUGCUGUCAGGUAAAAUAAGAAAAAAAUAAAAUAAAAAUAACAACAGGUGGAAAAUAAAACUCCAAUACACGGAAAAGUCAGGCUCUUGUAAAAGCAAAAAAAAAAAAAAAAUGCCAUAAUCUACAUAGUUGUGCCAAAUUAAAAAAAGGAAAUAAAAAUAGACCUGCACAAUUACUCUUCCCUCAUUGUUAACCAAACGGGGCCCUCUCUGCACUCCUGAGUGAAGCACCGCAUGGUUCAUACACAGCGCUUCAACACGAAUCUUUAACAAAAGAAACGCCAUUUCGGUGAGUUUGUUGGUACUAAAGCUUUCCUCUUGAAUGUGUAUCGUCCACUAUAAAAAAAAAAAAACGAAAGAAAAAAAGCCAGUGUACCUGUGUAUCACGUGUGUGUGUUUGGACUCCAGAGUGCAAAUGGCCCAGUUUCUUUCUAUCCAUGACCUCCCAUCCCCAGAAUACUUUUGAAUAGUUUCUUUGUGUGUGUGUGUGUGUGGGGGGGGGGGGCUGUUGCUCCUCAUUGUUCACUUGUAAAAACCCUUUUUAAGUUAUUUUAUAUGAAACACGGCACUUGAUGCUAUAUGGCUGCAUGCUGGAAUAUCUAAAAGGGAACACACAUGAACAAGAGAAGAAGGGUUGCCCUCUGUUGGCUACCAUAGGUCUGUUUUCUUUAGACUAAUAGAUUCAUUGAUUUUUAUUUUAUUUUAUUUUUUACUCAAAGAGCGGCAUCAUGGCUAUCCAACACGCUUUCAGAUGUGUAAUCAUUAUCUAACAACAAGUGACUCCAUCAUUGUUGUGAAGUACUGUACACAAUAGCUUUACUUUUUUUGUUUUAAGAGACAGUAGCUGAAUGCCUCUGCCUACUUCAUGCAGAUCUUGCCAUGCUGGCGUCCAACUUUUCAGGCCAUGUGCGACCACUUUGCCGAUGGUCAUUGUGUUAUUAAUAAAAAACCGCUGCUUUCGCUUUGUAUCAAAAAAAAGUCGCAUUUGGAAUUCACUUUAAAAUCUCCUUUCAGUAUUUUAUUAACAUCCUAGUCAUCACUGUGAAAGCAGGCUGGGUUUUUAUUUUUUUUAUUUUAUUUAUGAAGGUACAUUGAGAAGAUGCAUUUUUUGAAUAUGUUGUGGUUCUUCUUCUUCUUCUUUUUUUAAAUCUAUAAGUGUAAGAAUAUCUAGGGUGACUCAAGCUGCUUCAGACUCGAAGUAUAAACUGUCCCGUGUGGAGGUAGACCUGCCACUCCCAACCCCUCCCCCACUCCCAGAACCCCUUCUGUUAAAGCCUGUUGACCCUCAAGAGGACUUUCUCCCCCAUCCUCCCAUUAAAAGGACUUUGUUUGGUUGCCUUUUGCCAGCUACCUCGACUAUAAAGUAUUCUCAAGUUGUUCAGCUCUCUCACCACUCUGCCACGUUGUUGGAGUCUGAGGAGAUUCAUAAUUUGUCUGUGAUCAUCCACAUGCCAGUAUGUUUUUUGUAGCCUAACAGACAGAUGGACUUCAAAACAGAAGAUGCAAUGAACCAAUUCCUGCAUCAUCAGUCGGGACAGUUUAUUUUUACACUACAACCAAACCAAGGGAGUCUGUGGUUCUCUCUCUCUCUCUCUCUCUCUCCUCUCUCUCUCUCUCUCUGUCUCUCUGUCUGUCUGUCUGUCUCUCUCAAACACACACCCACACACUGCCAUUGAUUUCCCUAUAAACCUCCAAUUUCUCUAUCUGUCUGUCUUCAUUAGCCAUAUAUAUAUAUAUAUAUAUAUAUAUAUAUAUAUAUAUAUAUAUAUAUAUAUAUAUAUAUAUAUAUAUAUAUAAUUUUUUUUUCCAGUUAUACAAAAAUGGAAUUGUAUCGCAUGACUAAUAAAUGCAGGGAGUUUUAUUGCACAAAAAUGCGGAGCCUUGUGCGCCCCCAGUGUUUGUACGGGGUAACUGCAGGAGCCAAGGCUUUGGAAUAGUUAACUACUACUGAGCAGGACCCUAAUACUGUUGGACGAUGAAGACUUUAAAAACAACAACAACAACAACACAUGACUAUUGCAGGAUGUCACAGAAAAGGAAAAUUGGUUUCAUAAACUUGCCUGCUGCAUUUUGAAAGUCAUGACACCCUAACAUUUGUAUCAAUGCUGCUUGUAUGUUUCUUUUUUUUUGUUUGUUUUUAAAGCCUACUGCUCAAAUGGCCCACCGUUGUAAAAAUGCUUCACAGCAACACUGGUUUCACCACAUGAGAAGCUGUUGAAAGAGAGUGUGUUUUUUUUUUAAUGGUCGUGCGUUUGUAUGAUUGUGUGCUUCUCAUGAGGGCCCUGUGUCGCUGUUGAUAAAACAGUCAUGGAGACUGAGAACUUCUCAUUUGAAACCUGGAACAACCACACGUAAACUGAAGCGAUAGAUCCACUACAUCAAGGUAUAGAUUGGUAUCAGGCAACAAAUUAAAUAUGCAUCGCUUGUCUUAAACUUGAUGUUUUUUUUUCUUUUGUUUGUUUGACUAUUGCACUGAUGACUGUUGUUGAAAAGUUGGCUUUUAUGUGUCAACUUUUAAAUUUUUUUUUCUGAAUAGAAAAAAACAAAACGAACACAACAAAAUACUAUUGUAUAAAUAUAUGCUCCAGGUGAUAAUGUGUGUGUUACUUUGUGGAAAAAACAUGAUGUUUUUUUUUUAACAAAGAUGUGUGUAUCUCUGUGAUUGGGUGUAUGUAUAUAUACAUAUGGAUAUAUAUAUAUCGAUGAUGAUGAUGAUGAUGAUAUCUUGGGGCACUUUCUUUUUUGAAGUGCUGUCUUCCUGUUUUUUUUGAAAGGGGAAUAAUACAUUUGAUGGUAAGAUCAUUGUAACAUGAUUAAAAAUUGCACGGUUGUGUGGUUGUUUGGCUUACCAGGGUCAUAACAUUUAUGAUGUAAGGAGCCAGCUGCCGGAUUGGUGUACAUGAGUGAAAUUAUUAUUUUUUUUUUAAGAGAAAGAAAGCGCUGACUUCUUUGGACCAAGUUGUGUUUCUGGUCUUGCUUCAUUUCAAGCAAGAGGAAACAGCUGAUUUUUUUCAUGAGUGAUGCAGAUGUUCCAUCAUGUUUAAUUCUGUUUGUAUUCUUUUGUUUUUGAACAUUUGUAACACUGUGAUGAUGACGUGAUGUCAUGUGGAGAUGCGUGCUGUAUUAUUUUUGUACGUUUGUGUACAAGCCAGUAAAGAAAUCAUUAAACUCAAAUUCUCUGUG